AUGCCGCCUAAACGACACGGGAAACAGGACGACUCCCCAGCGGUGGACAUAGAUGAUGAGCAGCAAAGUAAUGAACCGGUAAUGACAAUUACUGAGAGUAUGCUGCAAGCGCUUGUCGCCGGCAUCACGCGCAGUCAAGCUGAAGCGAAUCGACAGCUUAUGCAGGAGCUCUUCUCGAACAGAGACCAGUUUCAGACACCGAGUACACCGACCCCUCCGCCGGACUCACACGCCGCGAACGGAAAUUUCGCGAAGUGCACGGCGCGCUUCGACGGGUCGACGAAAAAUGCGGAUGUUCUUGAAGCAUUCAUAGACGCGAUUGUGGUGUACAAAGAAUGCACUAACGUGAGUGAUGAACAUGCGGUCAAGGGUCUGCCGAUACUGCUGACGGGCGAGGCCGCUAUAUGGUGGCAAGGAGUUAAGGCGUCCGUAUCAUCGUGGGAGGAUGCCCUGCGACGACUUCGAGGAUCGUUCGGUGUGCCGCGACCCGCGCAUAAAAUUUUUAGAGACAUUUUCGCGAGUGCGCAACAAAACGAACGUGCCGACGCGUUUAUAUCAAAAGUGCGUGCGUUAUUGGCAAAACUGCCAUACGAAGUGCCACAACAAAUGUGUGUAGAUAUAGUGUAUGGACUGUUAAGUAGGAAAAUACGCAAAAGAGUGUCACGCGACGACGUGAACGGGCUCGAGCAGCUUGUCGCUAAGGCCAGGUUAGUCGAAGAAUCGCUGGCGGAGGUAAGUGCUUAUCCUUCCAAUUCCAAUGUCCAGGAAUCCUUGCCACGUACCCCAGACCUUCCUACAACCUCGCAUGGCAUUGGUUCGAAUAGUGUUGUAAGCCGGAGUGUCGGUCCCGCGAACGUGAGUGUUAACCCUUCAAAGGUCACAGGUACCCUAAUUAACCCUCCAGGAACCGUUGCCGGUAAUAUGGGCACCGAUUUUAGUAAAAGUAACGAUUACAAACGCUCGCGACCUAGGUGUAGUUAUUGUAAAUUGUUUGGACACACCGUCGACGAGUGUCGGAAAAUUAAGUCUAGCCGUUCAGACGUAAAAACACAGUUGCACUGCUACGGGUGUGGUCAACUGGGCGUAGUACGUUCAAAAUGUCCUAAGUGUAAAAAUGUGCAAAGUGGUAAUAAUUCGGAAUUCCAGAGUGUACACGUAAACGAGUUUAAAGACGCGCAACCUUUGGUCCCGGUUCUCAUUGCCGGCCGUCAAGGAAUCGCGAUGUUAGAUACGGGAGCCACGCAUUCGAUCGCAGGUCCUAUGUUGCAUCGAAUCUUUGUUAAUGCAGGUGUCGAAUUCAAGCGCAUAUUACUUACGUUUAGCCUUGCCGACGGUUCACAACAAAUUCGUACCGUACACGAAUAUAACACUAUUGUUACCUUGAUGGGCCGCGACGUACCUACAACUUUUGUAGUGCUCCCCGAGGCGGAGACGCGUACCCUAUUGGGAAGAGAUUUUAUAAGGAAGGCCAAGAUUCUGUUGGAUUUACCACAGAAUAAGUGGAGUUUUAGUGAUUGCACACGACGUCGAUAUCCAUUUGCUACCCAUUACGAAUUACCCGCUUGCGAUGAACCGACGUUGAUGAAGAUGGAUGUGUCGAAACUUAUGUUGAGAGAAGACGAGGGUACCAGCCUAACCGAGGAUCAGAGGACCCGAUUAAACGAGCUUCUUAUAAACAGAGCCGAUAGAUUUGCGAAACAAGGGUCUCCGACGGACUACGCUUUGCACCGCAUAAAAGUCGACACGCGGCAAGAACCGAUCGCCUCACCCCCUUACCGGAUGGCACCAAGCAAGAGAGAGCUCUUAGAACGAGAGUUGCAGAAACUUUUGGAUGGCGAUAUUAUAGAGGAGUGCGAAUCCCCGUGGGCCGCAAAUGUCGUACUGGUGACGAAGAAAGAUGGUGGAGUUCGACUAUGCGUCGACUAUAGAAAAUUAAACGCCGUGACGGAACCCGACCGUUACCCGCUUCCGCGAAUAGAAGACGUGUUACACGCGGCUAAAAACACGAGCUAUAUGACUACGUGUGACCUGCGCUCUGGCUAUUAUCAAAUAGCCGUGGAACCCGAAGACCGAGAUAAGACUGCCUUUGUGACCCCAUUGGGCACAUUCAGGUUUAAGCGCAUGCCGAUGGGUCUGCGCAAUUCAGGAUCAACCUUCCAAAGGCUUAUGGAUCGAUUCAAAGCCAGUAAGGAAUUGUCCAACACGUGUCUUCUGACUUAUUUAGAUGACGUGAUCAUCCUUUCCGAGUCCUUCCCGCAGCACAUCCAGGAUCUGAAUGCGGUAUUCGAUAGGCUCGAGACUUUUAACCUUCGGAUAAAUCGAGAGAAGAGUUGUUUCGCUCGCGAAUCAGUUAAAUUCCUAGGCCACGUGAUUGUCCCGUGA